AUGCAGGCUGAGAAAGCUCAGCUAGAGGCUAGGUUGGAAGAAGCCCAAAUACAAACUCCGCAGGAUCAAUCGCAGGAUCAAUCACAGGAUCAAUCCUUACAAUCCCAAGUGGCUGAAACCACUAUUGAAGCUCAGGAAGCACAGGAAGCCACACAAAGCCAAUGUCCCGCCGAAAAUCACGUCCUCAACCUCGCCGACAAGCAAAGCCUCAACCUCGCCGACAAGCACAGCCUCAACCUCGCCGACAGCCACGUUCUCAAGAACAACCACAGCCUAUAA